AUGAGCGAACUGGAGUCCUUCCUGACGACGUAUCGAGACGUUCGGCAGGACGACAAGAAAGUCGCGAGGUCCCUGGAGUCGCACAAGAAGAAAGCCAAGAUUGGCCUGACCAGCGAUCGCAUCCAAGCCGUCACGGGGGCGCUUGCGGUGCAGUUUUCGUACAUGCCCACGAAUGGCCCAUCGCUUCACAUGCAAUUGGCGCCGACGUAA